AUGAAAUUCCAUGGGAAUGAUGGGAAGAUUAUCUCUGUCAAGGCGAACCAGAAGACGGCACGACAAUGCUACACCAAAAGCCUGAAGAUCGCCUCACCCGGUGAACAAUGCAAAAGUGGCCCUCCCACCGCAGCUCACAUCAACCACGAAGAAAUCACUGAUCUCGAUCCGAGAUCCGACUCUCAUGACGAACGGGCAAGCCCCGUCGACGAGCUCGAUGACCUCCAGAUCGGAAAAUUUCCCAGGCAGUGCACAAAGAUCAGCAGACAGUUGAGCCCGAAGUUGCGACAGCAGCUCAAAGCAGAAAUCCUCAAAAAUGCUGACCUCUUUGCCUGGUCCAGCGCUGACAUGCAAGGUAUAGACGCUGACUUCAUCUGUCAGCGGUUAGCGAUACACAAGGAAGCAAAGCCAGUGGCCCAAAGAAAGAGAAAGGUCGGUGGUGAGAGGCGAGAGGCCAUCAUCACCGAGUCACAAAAGUUGUUGAGCGCCGGCUUCAUCCGUGAAGUCAGAGGAAUGGAGGCCAACCCCGAGAAAUGCAAAGCCAUCAUCCAGAUGCAGAGUCCGCAAACGAUGAAAGAGGUCCAACGCCUAGCAGGAAGGUUAGUCUCACUAUCCCGAUUCAUCCCCAAACUCGCGGAGAAAGCGGGGCCAAUCUUCACCCUGCUAAAGAAGCCAAAAGACUUCCAGUGGACAAGUCAGUGCGAAGAAGCUUUCCAGAGCUUCAAAACCUUUCUCUCGACCCCACCGAUCCUACAGAGGUCAAAUCACAAUACCGACCUCCUACUCUACUUGGCCAUAGCAAAAAACGCCAUCAGUGCUGUAAUAGUGCAAGAAAACCAGAAGACGCAGACGCUGAUCUACUUCAUCAGCCGAGUCCUCCAGGACGCGGAGAAGCGAUACCAGACAGUUGAGAAGUUGGCGCUAGCACUCGUCACCGCGGCCCGACGUCUCCGACCAUAUUUUCAAAGCCACCAGGUGGUAGUCAAAACCGACUACCCCAUAAAGCAAAUCCUAAGUAAAUCGGAACUCGCCGGACGAAUGAUCGCAUGGUUAGUAGUUUUUUCCGAGUUCAGCAUCCGAUACAAAAGUCGCGGCGCCCUGAAAGCCCAGUGCCUGGCUGACUUCGUAGCCGAGCUCACACCUGUUACUGCCGAGGAACCCCAGGCAGAGUAUGAGGCACUCCUCGUAGGACUAAGGCUAGCCCGAAGAGUGAGCUGCAACAGCGACUCGAAACUCAUGGUCGAGCAGCUCAAUGGGACGUACCAGGCAAAGGACACCUUUCUGCAACGGUAUUUCCACAUCGCAUCCCAGCAGAUCUCGUCCUUCGACGAGUUUGCCAUACAGCAUGUGCCGCGCGAACAAAAUGCCCAGGUUGACCUCCUAUCGAAGCUUGCCAGUACCAAAAAGCUUGGACAGCACCGAACUAUCAUCCAAGAGACCCUACACUCACCUAGCUUCGAUGACAAGGUUGUCAACGUCAGCGACAGUGGAGACCUGGGCUGGAUGACGGGCAUCUGGAAUUACUUGAAAGAGGGUACCUUGCCCAAAGACAAAGACGAAGCUCGGAAGAUGAGAAUGAGGUCGGCCAAGUUUGUCGUUGUCGGAGACGAACUAUUCAAACGUGGCAUUUCCACCCCGCUGCUCAAGUGUUUGACCGCACCCCAAGCAGCCAACGUCAUCGACGAAAUUCAUCGGGGCAUAUGUGGCUUGCAUUCCGGAGCUUGCUCGAUGGCCACCAGAGUACUCCGGGCUGGAUAUUACUGGCCCACUCUGAAAGGCAUUGUCACUGGAGUUUUCCUCGACGUCAUCCUCCUUUACUAG